UGACUGAGCGGUACAGUAGUGGUGCUACUGUACACAUGAAGGUUUCACGAUAUCGUUUUUCACCACAACCAAGUUACUUUAUCUAUUAAACCUUGUUGCUGUUGUUGCCAGUAUCAAAGCAUUAAAACUAACACCAGGUUUAACCCUCUCCGACAGGGCUGUAUGAUUUAGCAUUGGGAGAGUUGAGAACAGCUGUCAUCGGGGGAGCUUUGGGCAGCCACUCGUCCAGGUGAUGGUGACACAGCGGACCUAAACUCUACAUGUAGAGGUCUAUACUUGGUGUUCUCGUUAUAUUCUCCACGUCUGGAAAGAAGGCAAGCACAACUGUGGCGUUUAUGACCACAUUCUACGGAUUUACAAGACAAACUUCCCUCCGUUAUUUUACUGAAAAAGUUCGGGGCGCCUCUUAUAACGCGAGCUGUGUGUGACCGUAAACUACAUUGGUCCCUCUUACCGGAGCGUCUUCUAAUCCGGCCACGGGAUCUAUCAUCAAAUCUUUGCUCAGAAUACAGAGGUUUUGCCUCUAGAUCUGGAGGUUUUUUUACAAUUUAAAACUUCCGAUCUGACACGACGGGCGGCGCGCGUGGGUAAGUGCGGCAUGGCCGCGCUCAGUGUGGAGUAACGAAUUCUGACGCAAGUGCUGCACUGAAAUCGCAAUGCCUCAAGUGAUGGAUGACGAAGGAGUGGUUGCAUUUUUCAAAGGUCAAAUAGAGCAGGACCCAGACAAUCCGUCGGCUGUGGCUGCAAUCCGCACCCUGAUCCACUUCCUCAAGCGGGACACCGGGGAGACCCUGCAGGGCCUGAGGGAGAGCCUCAAGAGCAUUAUGCGCCUAUUGAGUGGCAUCGAUGCAUCUGUGUCCAUGUCUUCUUGCUGUGAACUGUUUCUGAGAACCAUCACUCUCACUAAGCUUGAUGAAAAGCCCAUCGCUGAGUGCCGACAGAUUCUGAUCGAGAGAGGCGAAUUGUUUCUGUCGAAAAUCUCAGACUCGAGGAACAAGAUUGCCAAAAUGUCGCAGUCGUUCAUUCGUGAUGGCGCGACGAUCCUGACCCACUCCAGCUCGCGGGUUGUCCUGCGCGUCCUGGCCGAGGCCGCCGCCUCCAAGAAGCGCUUCCACGUUUACGUCACGGAGUCCUGCCCCGACCGCUCGGGACAUGCCAUGGCCCAGCGAAUCCGGGAGCUUUCCGUUCCUGUAACUGUUAUCCUGGACGCUGCAGUCGGCUACAUCAUGGAGCAAGUGGAUUUGGUGUUUGUAGGAGCAGAAGGAGUUGUGGAGAGCGGAGGAAUCAUUAACAAGAUCGGCACGUACCAGAUGGCAAUCUGUGCUAAGGCGCAAAAUAAACCGCUGUAUGUGGUAGCAGAAAGUUUCAAAUUCAUGAGACUCUACCCGUUAAACCAACAGGACGUACCUGAAAAAUACAAGUACGAACCAGAUGUGUUGCUGUCAAACGAAGCUCGAUCAGGAGCCCACCCACGCACGGACUACACGGCGCCCGCAUUCCUCACUUUGCUCAUCACCGACCUGGGGGUUCUCACUCCGUCUGCCGUGAGCGAUGAGCUCAUUCAGCUGUACGUGUGACGACGCUUGAGGCCGUUUGGGAAUGGACGAUCGCAUUUACAUCAAUGAAGAUGUCGCACAUCACCCUACCUUGACACCCUUUCACAAUGCACGUAAAUUGGCCACCCUGGACCAGGUAACCAUCGUUUUCUGAACUGUGCCCCUUACAACCUGACAUUUCAUGACCAUUCUCAAUCGAGAUAUAGCAUAUUGGUAUAAGCAAAAAAUGGACUGUAUAUAUUGAUACAUACAUUUGACAUGCUAACUAUCAACAGACUUUAUUUUGGAAAGCACAUGUAAUGAACAGCAUUUUUACUAGGUUUUGAAAUAUCUUUGUUGAAAAAACGACAACAUCUUGAGUCAGCUACUCAUAGUAAGAUUUACUUUUGGACAAAUUCAUUAGUGAGAGUGGACUCAGCUGGUAAUCAUAAUUUCUUAUGUUAAACCCAUUUUUUUGGUGUUAAGACUGAGCAACUGUUUAAUCACUUUGUGAAAAUAAACUUGGCUUGAGAAACA